ACAAAAGGGGAAGGAAACCAGUUGAUCUAGACCAACCAGCAGAGCAGCUGUAGUCAUCGUUACACACGGAAAUCUCCGUCAGUUUCAACGGCUGAGCUCAGGGGCUGCUGACCUCUGCCCUGUGCCGUUUCCUUAUCGCCUCUGGUUUUCUCUCUCUCUCUCUCUGAAAACAGCACAGGUUUGAUUGUUUGUACACUGCUUCAAAUUGUUGAACACCAGCAACCUGCUGUCUGUGGGGAGUGCUCUCUGUUCAAGGUUCAGGAAGAUAACAAGAGGUGAGUGGCUGACGCGCAGCUCGUGUUAUGUUACCAGAGGCUGAGAUCAGAUUACAGCGGACGACAGGUUGGCUGUAACCGUAGCUGGAUUCAGAUCGCAGAGACACAAACAAACCAGGAACUAGGACUAACACAGAGACUGAAGACGAGGCUACACCAGCUAACACCAGCUAACACCAGCUAACACAGGACUCGCUGUUGUUUUUGGGAAGAGUGUUGCCAUGGGUGAGACGACACAACACUUUGUGCUUCUUCUGCUGUGUCUGUCAGGACUCGUCCACUCGUCCGCUGCCUUCGUCUUUUGGACGGCCGUGGUGGACAUUAGUUAUUACAACAACAUCACCAACGACACUGAGGAGAACUUCUGUGAGUGUGGGGUGUACGGUCAAAACGCCAGGGUGGAGACAACCUCAGGCAUCGUCGUUCUGCCCAGGGACGACCCCAAGGGCUGCCACCCCGAUACUGUGUACAACUGGACCUCGUCGCCGUGGAUAGCUUUGGUCAAAAGAGGCAGCUGUAACUUCAGCGAAAAGAUAAUUGCUGCCGUAGAACAAGGGGCGAGCGGUGUGGUGGUGUAUAAUGCGGACGGCACUGGGAACAGCACCAGUCACAUGUCCCACCCAGAAGCAGCAGGCGUCGUGGCCAUCAUGAUUGGUAACAUCCAGGGCAUGGAGAUUGUAAAGUUGGUGAACAACGGAACAGACGUGUACAUGACAAUCGAUGUAGGCAGCCCGCAUGGGCCCUGGAUUACCAGCUACUGGCUCUACUUCCUCUCCCUUGCGUUCUUCAUCGUGACCACGGCCUCUAUAGCCUACUUUGUCUUCAUCUCCGCAAACCGCCUCUAUAACCUCAGGAUGCACAAACGCUCCGAGAGGAAGCUGAGGUCAGAGGCCAAGAAGGCAAUAGGCCGCCUUCAGGUACGCAACCUGAAGAGAGACGAUGAGAUCACCAACUCCGAGGCCCACAUGUGUGCCGUCUGUAUCGAAGCCUACAAGGUAGGCGAUGUGGUGACGGUGCUGACCUGUGACCACAUCUUCCACAAGGCCUGCAUCGAGCCCUGGCUGCUGGAGAGGAGAACCUGCCCCAUGUGUAAGUGCGACAUCCUGAAAGCACUGGGAGUUGAAGAGGAGUCCAAAGACAGCAUUACCACCACUCUGCCACAAGAUGCCACUGUGAUCACAGUGGCCGGAGGAGACUCCCUGUUUGAGGUUCCGCUGACGGAGCCAGUUCGCUCUGACCCGGAGAGACAGCAGCACCGCUAUGACAACAGAGCCUUCGAGGGAGACACAGAGGGCCGGGAGUGAACAACAACAGCAGCAGAGAAACAAACAGCGACAGACGGACGGGCUUCGAGGCGAAGACGUUUCCUUGAAUAAUGAAGCAGCAGAUUAAAGACAGCGAGUUCCAGUCGUUCUUCGUGACAAGCACCGUCCACACAAAAAGCACACGCACUAAAAAAAGUCAAAAAAAGUAAUUAAAAAAAAAUCAACGGAUUCUUACUGUAAAAGGCGCACACUGUGAGAUUUAGAUAAAAAUGAUCUUUAUUCAAUUUCUACUGACAGAAAUGGAAUUUUUUCAUCUUAUCACUGACACUUUAAUAAGUGGGCACUGAUCUCGACGUCCACCCUGGUCUAUUGUAUGAAGAUGGACAUGAAGAUGGACAUGAAUGAAACAUUUAUUACACUUAACUUCUGAUCAGUAUCUGAAGGCUAUAAAUGUUUCCUACUUUCUUGGACAGAAAUGAUAACUAUAAUGUCAAUUUGUAUGAGUGCAAUUUCAUAUAUAUAUAUAGGGCCAUUAGCAUAUAUGCUAAAAAUAUUGGACCGGUCUGGGUGUGUAGGACAAAAAUACUGCUGUGGUUUCUAAUGUUGUUUCUAAAUAAUCAUACACAAAACAUUUAAUUAGUCAACUGACAUUUAGCCAUUGCAAAGAAGCGGUUCUGAGAGAAAGUGAAGCAGCAGCGGCUAGCAGGGAGGCUAACAACAAGAGGCCUCCCUGCUAGUUGAUUUGAUACCAGUUCACAGUACAAUGUUUUUUUUUUUGUUGGUAUUUUUUCAUAAUAUAGAUAUAUUUGGCCUUCACUUCUUUUUCAACAUGUUAUCUCAAUGCAGCCACAUUUUAUGAUGUAACAAUUAGAGAUAAGAGAUAAGCAGAUGAACAACAGGAAGAUUAGAAGAUUAGAAAGCAGUACAUUGUCAGGUGUUGCAUUAAUCAGCCACGAGGAACAGAGAAUUAUCAGUUAUUAUGGCUAUUGGUUAAAAAUGUAGUUUGCGUUUUGUGACUUUUUCCAUAUAUUGCGAAAACCUACACAGUUUAUAUUUAAUGGUCUACUGGAUCUUUUGAUUUUUGUUGCCAGUGUAGCUGGAAAUAUGUCUUAAUUAUUAGUAAAGGUACUGUUUGGAGAGUAACAAAAGGUACAGAAGAGUCAAAGUGUGAUCUGAAGCUCAAAUGUCUGUUUUGCAUUGCAAACAUGAUGCAGUGGGACGAAGGUCUCCACAGACUUUGCAUUGAUCAGCAGCGCAGCUACUGUCAGUUUACUUACAUCCCUGAAGUCUGUGCUAAUAUCACUAGCUUCCAAACUGGCAACCAAAUUAGUUUCUUCUAUUUUGUUUUCUAUUUUUCUACUUUGACCCCAGUGAGGUAGUUAAGGGUAUUUUAAGAUUAUUUUCUUGACUUUAUGAGUACAGUACACACCCAUGACUGUAAAUGUAGCACGCAGCAGGACGGGCUAACAACCUCUACUCAGAGGUUGUUUACCACCUUGAUAACUAACGUUUGAUAAACCAAACUGCCCAAAGGGAGGUGACAGGGCUGUAAAUACCACACUGCGUUUGUAGUGUUCCUGGCUAUGAAGUAGUCUUGUGAAAGGUGUCUGCACUCUCUCACCCUGCUGUCGAUUGAUUUGGAAAAAUUCUCUUGUCAUUUUUCUGUUUUAAAAGUUGACUUUGAAAACACACAGACUUCAGUUUCCUGUUCUGGUUCACUGUUGCUUGAACCUGCAGAGUAAUUGUCUUCUUUUGUUUGCUGGUGGGUUGUUGAUUGUGGUACUUAUUAAAUAACUACAUAAAUGUAUAUAUAUAAAUAUAUAUCUACAUAUUUGACUUAAAAUAUUUUUCUAAACUAAAUCAUUUUGUGACUGUUGUACAGAUUCAAUUCAAUAUUUUUCCUGUUGAAAAAAAUACCACUUGCUGUAAUAAAUCAGAACACAAUAAAUCCCUCAAAAUGAGGACAAAUCGUA